AUGACGGCUUCAUCGUCAAGCGCACCGCUGGAGAUUCAGGAGAUCCGAUCCAUGAUGCAUGAUCUGGAAAAGGCGGGCGGAUCUACCGACAAAAUCAAAAUGCUGCUUUCUCAGUUUGAGGAGCGCGUCAAGCCCACCGAAAAGCUCUUGCGCGAAACCAAACUUGGUAUUGCCGUUAACAAGUACCGGACCCACUCGGAUAAAGAAAUUGCGGACCAGGUGAAACGCAUAAUCAAGAAAUGGAAAGACCAGGUCACCGCUCAAAAGAACUCAGCUAAGCACAAACACCCCCAUACACACUCUCACUUGGGUUCAAGCUCGGGUUCGGCUGGUCAUAGCGGAUCUGGUGCUUCCAACGGGACCGCGCAGGCCUCGGGAUCGUCAUCGACCUCUCCUGCUGCAAAUACUCCUACAUCUUCGCCCGCCCCCUCUGCGUCGAGCAAGGCUCGCACUGCAUCAUCAGACGGUGUUAAGACUUCAGUUUAUGACGACCGGGUGCGCAAUUCGUGUCUGGAGCUUACGUACAAUGCGCUUGUUAUUGGCGCUACAGAGCCUGCUUCACAGAUUCUUACUGUAGCCAAGGAAGUCGAGGAUGCCGUAUUUGUUGGCGAGCGGGGAACCACGCCAGGAUACCGGUCUAAGUUCCGAUCCCUUGUGUCAAAUCUCAAAGACGUUAAUAACCCGAAUCUGCGCCGGCGGGUUGUUACAGGCGAGAUUAGCGGCAAGCGUCUAUACAGCAUGUCGCCGCAGGAGAUGGCAAGUGACGAAAUUAAGAAGGACAUUGAACAGUUUAAGAAAGAGAAUCUGUUUAACGCGCAGGCCGCUGUCCAAAAGAGAGCCAUCACUGACCGGUUUACGUGUAGCCGGUGCAAGCAAAAGAAGGUUUCAUACUUCCAGAUGCAGACCCGUUCAGCAGAUGAACCGCUGACGACGUUUUGUACUUGCGAGAACUGCGGCAAGAGAUGGAAGUUUUCUUAA